AUGAUAUUUGACGGUACUACGAUGUCAAUUGCCAUUGGUUUGCUCUCUACUCUAGGUAUUGGUGCUGAAGCCAAAGUUCAUUCUGCUAAGAUACACAAGCAUCCAGUCUCAGAAACUUUAAAAGAGGCCAAUUUUGGGCAGUAUGUCUCUGCUCUGGAACAUAAAUAUGUUUCUCUGUUCAACGAACAAAAUGCUUUGUCCAAGUCGAAUUUUAUGUCUCAGCAAGAUGGUUUUGCCGUUGAAGCUUCGCAUGAUGCUCCACUUACAAACUAUCUUAACGCUCAGUAUUUUACUGAGGUAUCAUUAGGUACCCCUCCACAAUCGUUCAAGGUGAUUCUUGACACAGGAUCCUCCAAUUUAUGGGUUCCUAGCAAAGAUUGUGGAUCAUUAGCUUGCUUCUUGCAUGCUAAGUAUGACCAUGAUGAGUCUUCUACUUAUAAGAAGAAUGGUAGUAGCUUUGAAAUUAGGUAUGGAUCCGGUUCCAUGGAAGGGUAUGUUUCUCAGGAUGUGUUGCAAAUUGGGGAUUUGACCAUUCCCAAAGUUGAUUUUGCUGAGGCCACAUCGGAGCCGGGGUUGGCCUUCGCUUUUGGCAAAUUUGACGGAAUUUUGGGGCUUGCUUAUGAUUCAAUAUCAGUAAAUAAGAUUGUUCCUCCAAUUUACAAGGCUUUGGAAUUAGAUCUCCUUGACGAACCAAAAUUUGCCUUCUACUUGGGGGAUACGGACAAAGAUGAAUCCGAUGGCGGUUUGGCCACAUUUGGUGGUGUGGACAAAUCUAAGUAUGAAGGAAAGAUCACCUGGUUGCCUGUCAGAAGAAAGGCUUACUGGGAGGUCUCUUUUGAUGGUGUAGGUUUGGGAUCCGAAUAUGCUGAAUUGCAAAAAACUGGUGCAGCCAUCGACACUGGAACCUCAUUGAUUGCUUUGCCCAGUGGCCUAGCUGAAAUUCUCAAUGCAGAAAUUGGUGCUACCAAGGGUUGGUCUGGUCAAUACGCUGUGGACUGUGACACUAGAGACUCUUUGCCAGACUUAACUUUAACCUUCGCCGGUUACAACUUUACCAUUACUCCAUAUGACUAUACUUUGGAGGUUUCUGGGUCAUGUAUUAGUGCUUUCACCCCCAUGGACUUUCCUGAACCAAUAGGUCCUUUGGCAAUCAUUGGUGACUCGUUCUUGAGAAAAUAUUACUCAGUUUAUGACCUAGGCAAAGAUGCAGUAGGUUUAGCCAAGUCUAUUUAG